CACCGGACAGGACAGGAUAGUAACGGGAUUACGGGAACGGGAAGCGGCUUUGCAUUGCAACGCACUCAAGGCCUUCUCUCUCGACUCGCCUGCACCGGAGGGAGCUUUUUUACUUCCACAGUUCCACUGCACAGAUGGUCGGCGGCGGAGGAGGAGGCCAGGCCGCAAUGUCUCCGGCGCCCAGCGGCGGCAAGCGCGGGAGGGUCCCCGACCCGGAGGAGGACGUCUACGUCGACAACCUCCACUCCCACAAGCGCUACCUCACCGAGAUAAUGGCAUCCAGCAUGAAUGGCUUGUCCGUUGGAGAUUCAGUUGCUGACAGUGUCAUGGGGUCCCCAAUGAGACUGGAGAAUGUUUCUUGCAUUAGGGAUGAGAUAAGCAUGCAGUACUCACGUGUGUCAGAAGAGUCAGAUGAUUACAGAUACUAUGAGACUCAAGUAAACACCAAUGGGAAUCAAACAGAUGUACUGGGUAAUUCGUCAACUAGUCCAGCUUCAUCUCCACGCCGUGUCCAGAAGCUACACAACUGGUUCUCUUCUGCAUGUUCAUACACUCUCCCAAGCUGCUCCCUCCCAGCAGUGGUCUGCUCGCCUGCUCCCCGUGGUUGUGGCACUGAACAGGAAGGCCGGAUCCCAUCCUCACCUAAUGACAUGUGCCAUGGUGGAGAUCUGAGGCGAGCUGCACUUUUGAGAUCGGUGCAAAUGAGGGCUCAGAGCCCCCAUCCAUGUGAUGUGCUACCCAGCGGUGGACAUGAACAAGAACAAGGGCUUUCUGAUGUACAUGCUGACGAGCUUGAACAGGAUCAGAAAGAAGCUGUGGGUGUACAGUUGGAUCAAAGGCCUCUCUCUUGUCCAAAGUCAACCCAGGAUGCUGAGUACCAGAGCCCUAUAAACCGAGACCAACAUCCUCACCAUGACGUUGAUUUUGUCAAGGAUCAGAUUACGGUGUGACCAGUCAACAAGUUUGUCGAGGAUCAGAUUAUGACAUUUCUGGUAAGCUUUUGCGUAAAUUUGGAUGAACAUAUAUAAAAUGCUGCAUGUCCUGUGGUAAUUUAGUAACCGUUAACAGUCUUCUAGUGGUGGCCUGGCCACUUUGAUCAUCUUAUGUGAUACUAGGUUGUAAGCUUGUAACUCUAAUUAAUCAGAACUUAGGAAUGUAAUGUGGUGUGGAUGAUAUCACUGAUUAUUAUGAUAAGCUAUUAGAGCAAAAAAUUAAACAA